UCCCUUUACGGAAGCAUGGAGUACGAUCACCGCCCAUCCGGCUCACCUCCCGCUACGCCGCCGCUGAAGAGGAAGCACCACCAUCACCACUGCUUCACCUCCUGCUUCCGCCCCUCCGUCUCUCAGGGAGAACCCGUAUACGAGGAGCGAGCGGCCCGGUCGCCCACCUCGUUGAUCCGGCCGGAACACCGCGGCAAAUGCCUGGGCUUCGGCUACCAUUGCGGCGGGGGGAGGCACCGGCGUCGCCCCUCCACCGAGUUCAGGUACGACCCCCUCAGCUACGCCCUCAACUUCGACGAGGGGUGUGAAGUCGAGUCCCCCACCAGGGCCGAGCAACUCCGGCUCCGCUAUUUCUCGUCCCAGCUCCCGGCAUCGCCGUCGCGCAACGGCACCGGCGCCGGCGGAUUGGAUGACCCUGACAGGGUUCGCAGAGUUGGUGGAUUGGAUGCAUCCUUGCGAUUCUCCUGAUUUGCCGGUUCUCUGUGCCACCGAUCUAAUUUGAUUGCGAUUUCCUUCCCCGUUUCUCUCAAAGCAGAUAACUAACCGGAGAACAUUAGGGUUCCAAUCCUAUUUCUCUGCUAUGAUAAGAAUGUGUAGAUGUUGAUGAUGGACGUCUUUAAAUUCGAUGCAUUUUUUUCUCUUGCAGCCUUCUUUUGACGUUGAUUGGUUUCUUAAAAAUUGGACCUUUCCCUUCCUACUCUACUGAAUUAAUUCUUUCCAGGAAAUCAAAUUUAUUUUGGUAUCAUUUUUUGUUCUUUGACUGCAAAAUAAGGCCCAACAUAUCAUGUCUUGGAAGAUAGAUAAGCCAGUUCAAUAUAAAUCAGAAUAGUCCAUUUUGAAUUAGAAGACAAGAUUCUGCCUUUUUCCUAUUGGAUUUAAGUUACAAUCGAAAAGGAUUCUUUGACCCCGUGCCCCUCGGGACAUAUUGGAUUCAAGGAGUCGUGGAAUUGCUAAUCCUAUACGGCAGAGAGGUUUAUCUGUUGUCACUGAGAUCAGAUUGCCAAGAUUCAAGCUCACAUUAUUACUCAUGGGUUUGGAGCUGGCAUCUAUCUUGGACCAAGCUUUUGAACUGUAAUGCUAAUUUGGGUGGUUUACUUGAAUUUAAUUGUUUAUUGUUCGCUAUUUUAGAGUUGGCCAUUUUGAUGAUGCUCUUAUGUUGUAUCCAAAUUUAGAGUAUGAACGAAUUGGUACUGUCAUUUCAGCUAUUAAUUUUUGUUUGAGAAGUUGUAUUGUGCUCAUGAAUGUUCAAAUGUGAAGUUGGUUUACAUAACAAGAAAAAUAUAUUAUGCUUGAUAUUGUUAUCACCAUUACUCUCAUUGAACUGUGCUUAAAGUGCAAUAAGAUGAAAAGGGCUAGAAAAUAUAAACUAUUAGGUCAUCUGAUCUGCCAUGACACAAUCUUGUCCUAUGUCAUGAUUUCUGGUUAUCCCCAUAAUGUAAUUGAAGAUGCCAUUAACUUGUUCGGUGACGUGGUCAAAGAAGGUGCAAGACCAAACUUGGCAUGGUGGUGAGCCCAUUUCAGCAUUUGCUGAUACCGGAGAAGCAAGAAAAGGCAGGUGGGUCCAUGGUAUUGUGUUCUGAUAUAACCUUCAGGUAUAUAUGAGUGGUUCCAAUUUGACUCCACACAUGCAUGCAAAAUGUGAGCAAAUCAGUAAUGUGAGGAUGAUUUUUUAUUCGACAUCAGACAAAGGCUUAGUUCCGUCGACACUUUGAUGAUGGGUUAUGUAAAUUUUGGUCUUGCAGAUGAAGCUGCUGUGUUGUUUCGGGAAAUGCUGAAAAAUGGUGAAGAGUCUACAUGCUCAACUGGGUAGUUCAGAGCCAGGAAAUGAAAGUCAUGGGUUAUUUGGUUGCUCCACAGGAAGAGCAUUUCAGUUGCAUGGUUGAAUUACUUGGUCGAGCAGGUCAACUUGAAGAAGCAUACAGUUUGAUGAAGUGCUCACUUUUGGUGCAAUGUGCACUCUAUUUGCUUCUUGCAGCGUUCAUGAAAAUCACAAAAGUAGGACAGCUGAUCGAACAAGAACUCUAGAACUGAGGUAAUUAUGCUCUUAUGUCAGAUGUGUAUGCUCAGACUGGUAAGCGGAGUGAAGCUGCAAAUAUAUGAGCUACAGCUAGAGAAAGGGGAUUGGAUAAAGUACCUGGCUAUGACUUGGUUGAAUUGUGUGAGCGUAUUUGUGGCACUUGAAAUCCUUGGAAAAUCUUUCAGAUUAGCAUUACAAAUUCAUGGAUUUUGUACAAUAGUAUAGGAAAAGUAUGUGGUGCUCAUUCUGUCAAGCGAAGCAAGACAUGCAGGAAAACCGAAUUAUUGGAAUCCUAUGGUAAUAUGAUCUGCACAGGUAUUGAAUCUAUUCAGAAUCUAAGUCUUAGUCCUUUCAAAUAUCAUAUCAGCAAUUAGCAUUUGGUUGCAUCAUAAGUUUUGUUGCCUAUACACAAGCAUUUUCAAUGUGACUAACCUUAUACAUCAUCAUGCAGUUUGUGUGAGUUGUUGGGCAAUGUUCAUGCCAUUAGUCUUCCCAAUGAAACAUAACUGGACUAAGAUGAAUGGUCAUCUGCAUCAUAUAUCCUAUAAACUAUACUGCAGUGAAAUUUUUGCUAUACCAGCCUUUGUUAAGAAUCCUUUUACCCCUUAAUAACUGCUUCUUCUUUCUUCCUUUGAAGAGAAAUAUGGUAGUGAUUGGUCCUUAGAAAAAAGAGAGCUGUGUACAACCUUAUGCCACACCAAAUUACCCCCUUCUUAGUUUACCAUUAGAGAAUGUUUUUCCAUUGCACCUAAUUUUGAGUGUUCAGUUAAUUAAUUAUUUUCCCUAAAGCUCAUUGUUGAGAACACUGACUCUACAAUUUAGCAUCACAAAUUCUUGUCCUGAUCUAUCAUUUCUAAUGGUACUUAAAUCUUAAUUUUAGGACUUGCCAAAAGACCUGAAGACAAAUUAAAUGGAAAUAAAAGAUGCACCAUGUGAUGAAAGGCACCAAACUUUGCUAAAGUUUGGUUCCUCCAAUGACAAUGAUGAACAAAAGGAUGCCCUUCAUCACUUGUCCUGGUUAUUCUAAGUGCAGUAUUUUGAGAAUGUAUGGAGCCACCAAACCCUAUUGGACCCUAAAUUCUAAUUCUACAACCACAGAGCAUCUCUUCCUGUUUCCUAAUGAUAUAGGUAUAUGUGAGACUGUACCUUGUUUACAUAAAGUGCAGACAAAAGGAAGAGGAAUAUGAAGAUGCAUCAAGUGUUGCAUGUGAUAAAGCAGUGUCUCUUCCUUGUUUACUGUCAGCAUUCAUGGAAGUAAAAGGAACAUGAGAUGAUGAAAAGACAAUGUUGGGUAACAGGUGGCUUCAGUGAAUGGGGGUAUGCUUUACAUGAGGAUGCAAAGUGGACCUCAAGACACAUGACCUUAAAAGCAAUGAAAUGUUCAUCUCCUAGUAUUUCUUUGUUCUUUGUCUUGUUAUUACAGUGUUCAGGUACAUCAACAGUCAAGGGAUUCUUAUAUCUAAAUCCUUGGAGGUUGAUUAGGUGAGCUUGUUUGUGUUGUGUCCUCAUGAACAUGGAUUGUAGGACAUCCUUACAGGACUCCAAUAUUAGAUUCUCAUACAUA